AUGUCUGGCUUCUUUAACAAGAAACAUAUGGCAAACUCAGCAACUAAACAGCCAAUAAUUCUGUCCUCCUCUGGAAACGAAAGAAGUACAAACACAAUGGAAGAAAGUAAUAGUGACUCUAUUUAUCAAAAAAAUUUGCAAGAAGGAAAUUCUAAUUCCAAACAGAAAGUAAAUCAACCUUCGGAUUCUAAUGAUCCCACAAACGAAAAUAUUCCAGUGGAUUGUAAUGAUUCUGUUAACAAUGAAGAAAGGUGGAUUCAAGACCCUUCCAUCUUUAAGACAGUUAAUCAUUUGAGAAGUUACAUUUUGGUGAGAGAAACAAAACAAUCCUUAGAAAAAUGUUCAAUAACUAGAAUUAUUGUGGCCAAUUCAGAAUCGGCGACCAAGAAGAUUGUUUUUUCUAAAACUGUUCAAUAUAUGUCCCCAGUGACCACUUUCCUAGACAACAUCUCUGAUUCAACUUUAACUUUAACAGAUAGAAUGAUCCCAUCUUUAAAAACGUUGUCCUAUGAGAAAAUUGGCGACACAUUAUUGCUUCCAGUAAAGAAGACAAAGGAGAGAGUCAAGAAAUUUAAGAGUAAAAACAAGACUUUAGAUGAUAAUCCUAUCAAUUCUGAAGGUCAGGUAAAAACCAAAAAGGAAGUCAAAGAUUCAAAACCGGGUAUUAGAAAUAAAUUAGAUCCAUUACUUUUGCCUAUCAACAAUAGAAUUGAGAAUGUUUCUAUUAAAUAUUUCUCAACUGGAAAUGAAAUGCCUGUUGUUACCUUUAAAUCUGAAAUCAAUAGGUCUUUGAAAUUGAGUUCCAGUGUUUUUUCUAAAAUGUUAAUGUCAGCUGCCCUAUUGCCAUGCAAAAGCAUAAUUCACAUGAAUGAUGUAUUCAACAAAGAAUUAGAUCAAAUGAAAGAUUUAUGUCUCAAGCAUUCCAUUGUGGCUAAAUGGAACACCAUUAAGACAUUAAAAGAGGAAAUGAUUCAGACGAUAUGGAAGAAAAAGAAAGAGGAAGAGACAAGACCUGAAGAAUCAAAGAAUUCUGUUAAUGAUGUGACCUUACCAAAAUUUGAUGACAAAGUGAAAGUUAACAGUUUGAUUUUUAAUGGAAAUGAGUCUUAUUCACAAGUAGUGAGUAAGUACAAAGCAAAUCCAAAGAAAACUCAAAACUUUUCCAAUUUGAAUCCUCAAAGUAAUAAUGCUACUGAUAAUGGGAACUCUAAAGAUCCAAUCGCAACAUUGGAAGGAAGAAGCAAUUAA